GCGGCGGAAGGCAGGGCCCGCGAGGAGGAGCCCCGGGAGCCGCCGCCGCCGCCACCGCCGCCUCCUCCUCCUUCCCUCCCUCAGUGUCCGCCCGAGCCGGCCCGGGAGGGGAGAGAGGCCCGCAGCCCCCACCAUGAACAAGUUGAAGUCAUCGCAGAAAGACAAAGUUCGCCAAUUCAUGAUCUUCACACAGUCCAGUGAAAAGACCGCCGUGAAUUGCCUGUCUCAAAAUGACUGGAAAUUAGAUGUUGCAACAGAUAAUUUUUUCCAGAAUCCUGAACUGUAUGUACGAGAAAACAUAAAAGGGUCGUUGGACAGAAAGAAGUUAGAGCAAUUAUAUAAUCGAUAUAAAGAUCCCCAAGAUGAGAAUAAAAUCGGUAUAGAUGGUAUACAGCAGUUUUGUGAUGACCUAGCACUGGAUCCCGCCAGUAUUAGCGUGUUGAUCAUUGCCUGGAAGUUCAGAGCCGCAACUCAGUGCGAGUUCUUGAAGAUGGAAUUCAUGGAUGGGAUGACGGAAUUGGGAUGUGACAGCAUAGAAAAACUGAAGGCCCAGCUUCCUAAAAUGGAGCAAGAGUUAAAAGAGCCGGGAAGAUUUAAGGAUUUUUAUCAGUUCACUUUCAACUUUGCAAAGAACCCAGGACAGAAGGGUUUAGAUUUAGAAAUGGCCAUCGCCUACUGGAAUUUAGUACUUCACGGAAGAUUUAAAUUCCUAGACUUGUGGAACAAAUUUUUAUUGGUAAGCUGAAAUGUUGUUAG